AUUCUUCAGUAAAUAGAGAAUCAGUUGAACUGUAAACUAAACUGUCUUGUGAAGGGAUAACAGUAUCUUCUGAAUUUUUCAGGAAAUCUUUUUGAAGUCUGAAUCCCUAAUCUGCUGGGGAAGAUUUCCCAUGUUUUUUGGGGAUGUAGAUGAGAACAUAAAUACUCCUGCUGCUAACUUGGGGACCUGCUCUGAACACUGUUUGGUCUCCAGCUGUGUGCUAACCUUUAUCUUCUGUCUUGUGUGGGGUUCAGGGAAUCUGCAGCUCUUUCUGACGGGGACCAACAGCUAGAAGAUAGGAGCCUGACAUCGUCCUAUGGGAUUUUUCUCCUAACUAAUUUCUGCUCAGGAAUGUAUCGGCAGUGUGGCUGUCUGGCAGCCAUACAAAAGCGCUAAUAGUAUUCCCAGCUGUUCCAGAUAAAGCCCUGAAAUGAUGAGUUGGCUCUGCGCUUAUGAUCCUUCAAUUCUGUGCGAAAUGCUGAUGUAAAUGAGUUCUAGCAGUGGAGACCAAGUCUUCAGAGAGAGGUCUGUUAGAAAUUGUGAGGAGGCCAUUGUCAUCUUACACAAUAACCGAGUGGCUGCCAUUGGAAGGAAAACGUUAUUUUUAUUGUUUUCAUGUGUUGAGCAGCUCCGAAUACAGUUUUCAGGCCUACAGAAUAAGGCAUCACUGGAAUCUUCUGCCCAUGAUGCACAUGAGAGCAAACUCCUUUUGCUCUCUUUGCAAGGGGAAGCACAGCAAUGUGAGUGCAGAAUUUGUUUGGGAGUGAUCGGAUUUUAUUACUGAGCUGAUUGUGUAUUAAAAGCAAAGCGAUAUAAUUGGAAGUUGGAUAGUAAGUGUUGAUAGUGUCUGUAAGCUGGAAAUUUCUAUUACAUUCUAUUUCUAUUUCAUUCUAUUUAUUUUACAUAUACAUUUCUAUUCUAUUACAUUUCUAUUUCUAAUAACAAUCCAUCGUGUGCUCAAGGAGAGGAAAUAGAAGCCAUCUACCCAAGCUCAUUAUGCUUAUGUGUCGUCCUUACUAUUUUAUUUAGAAAGGGUAUACAAGUUGGUGGCAAACGCUCUGACAAACUGAAGUUAAAUAACUAAUAUUAACAUUGCUCAUCGGCAUUUGUAGUCACGUUUCACCUACUAAUCUUCUGUGUGUGAAAACGGUCCGUGUUUUCUUGUAGUGAGCUAACUGCAGAGGCAUGCAGAUCCCCAGGGAACCAAAAUGAGAUAGGGAAGUGUAAAUGACGUGAAAGUCAUCAGAAACCCAAUGCACAAAAUCUGUCUUACGGUAGGUUUGCAGUGUUGCAGUUCUGCAUAAUGCAACCCUUUGUGUUAACAGUAAAUGCUACAGCAUGAAUUUAUAGCUUCGUUGUGGGGGUUCAGAAAAUGAGAAGUACUCCCGAGUUUGCAGACUGAUACAAACAGUGUCACUGAUAGAAACUUCGUCACUGCAUGACAAAGCUUUUAAUCCUGUAAAUUAGAUGUUACCAGAGUAACACUGAGUCUUUUAAUAUAUUUGUUUAGAGUUUUUCAGUAUUUUCAGUAAGGUAAGAGCUAUACUUGCAACAUCAUGUUUAACUACAGUAAAAGCAUUCAAUAAUGUAUAUUUGUGGAGUUCUAAAGAUGCUGGAGCAAGGAACUGCAGGUAGUCCAGUCGUUACAUUUGUGGAAUCGGAGUAGUUAUUAAAUGGAUACUUAUCCCCUGUAGGUGCAGGAAAACGUCUUUCACACGUAUUAGUGUGGUGGGAAACGCAGGAUGUUAGUACUGAAAGUCUUGAGGAAACGGUGAACAGAAAUAGUUCACUAGUGAUAGGCAAUUGUUCUUUUUAUUUAUCAAGUGCUUUUGAUGAACAACCUAAAUUUAUAGAAAAGAGAAUUUAUUGAAUCCCUGAUGGAACAGAUUACAGUGAUUUUAUUACCAGAACUGUGGUUACUUCUAAGUAGAGUCAGCCUGGUCUGAAAGAUGUAGAAGCUCCCACAUGUAGGUACAGGUGAGAGAUUCCCUGUGAAUCUGUAAUUAGUGUAUAUUUCUAAACUUUGACUUACAUUGCUGAGACAGAUUCAAGUAGACUGGUUAUGUCUGUGACUUGCUGCUUCUUGUCUUCUCACAAAGUCGAGAAAUACCAGUUUCAGGAACGUGCCGUUGCUGGUAUUACGUUACCAAAGAUCUGGAAGAGCACUAAGGCUUGCGUUGCGACAUCGAGCAUGGAGAGAGGCGACAGGGGUGCUUUACCUGCUGCUGAAAUCAGCCUCCGAGCGUGGUCCCUUCUGCUGGUGCUGAGAACGUGCUGGUGGUGGUGGUCACAGUGCUGUGCCAGGGGGACCCUGCAGCUGGGGGAGCUGUUAGGGCUAGCCACUGGAAAGGUUUGGGCUCUGUCUGGUGAAGAUUUAGCUUUCUGCUCAGGAAUUACAUGUGUGAACCCUGUCUUAACUCUCAGUGCCAGUCCCAUCUCAAUCUCCCAAAACCUAACGGUGAAGUUCUCAGCAGUUUUCUCCUUAUCACAGUGGGACUGGAGUCCUUAGUCCUUACCCAUUGCAAUUUUUAGUUUACAAAGAGUGAGUGAUGAUAUAGCCGGUAAACUAGGAGGAUGAGACAUGGUCACUGGUCGUUCUCCAGUUAACAUUUGCAUUUUUAUAUUAAAAAUUCACUUGGACAGGAACAGUGCGCAGGUCUUUCUCCUUUCUUCCAUGAAAGCGCGUCUGUUUGGUAGGCCUAGGGAAGAGCCCAGGAAGAGAAAGCUGGUCAAACAGUUGUAAUUCUUUGAUGGUAGUCCCAUGUUUUAAUAGAUUUCGUAUUUUCGACUAUUAAAAACUACCUUCCACAAAGCAGACGAGGAGGCUUCCAAAUACAGACGGCUUCUUGGAUGUGCUGAAAUUGUGCUGAGAAGCUCUGCAGCUUAGUGUGCUUUAGAGCUGGAAGAAGAAAAGACAGUUGUGAAUGUCUGCUGGUUCUUCUACACGAGAUCUUUUACCUGCAAACUUUACAGCCUGUGAUCUUGCCCAUUAUGCUUUCUUGUGUAAUCUAAGGAAGGGGGUGAUGUUCUAGCACCCAAAAUUAUUCCCUCAGAAGCAGUACUUGGCUGUGAGCAUGCCUCCUCGCUCAGGCCCAGGCACUGCCUGUAGGCAGCUGUGUAAGGGGGCAUCACACUGAAGCAAGAGCUUGUUUUCCACCGUGCUGGGGGGCCUGGUCUGUGCAAAGGGCAGGUAAAAUGCCUCCUUCGUUGAACAGGUUUCAGGCUUGCCUUCCCCGUACGGGGCUCUGUGUAUGUAAAAUCACAGUUCAUUGACUUGGAAGUCGCUCUGGUUUGUACGUUGGUUUAGGUCGUGCUUUUUGGGGGUGGGUGGUGGUGGUUUGCUUUUUGUUGGGGUGGGUUGGUUGUUUUUUUUGUUUUCGUAAUCUACCUUUAAAGAUUUCCUUGUUCUUGCCUGGAGGCUAGGCAGGGCUAGCUGCAGAGGCGGAAUUAGUAAAAGCCCUGGUGCCCGUGUUUUAAAUGACGCUUGGUGUUUUGCUGCUGAGACAGUGCCUUCUGCCUAUGGACUCGUUUGAAGCUCUCCCACAUGCUUGUUAAGACAAACAUACAGCUUCACCGGCAGGUAUUGUGCUAGUGGUACUGCAAUUGUUUUAUUCUUCCAGUGGAAAAGAACAUAGAGAAGUUGCCAGACAGUUGUUUUUAUUUUGCAUUUCCUUGACUAUUAAAUGGGAAACUAGCCCUUAGGAUGGACAUUGCCAUUAUGACCGAAGGUUACGCUGCCUUUCAAGAGGACAGCUCCGGUGAUGAGGCUGAAAGCCCUUCCAAGUUGAAGCGGUCCAAGGGAAUACAUGUCUUCAAGAAGCCCAGCUUUUCCAAAAAAAAGGAAAAGGAUUUUAAAAUAAAAGAGAAACCCAAAGAUGAAAAACACAAGGAAGACAAGCAUAAGGAAGACAAGCAUAAAGAGAAGAAGUCAAAAGACUUAACUGCAGCAGAUGUUGUAAAACAGUGGAAAGAGAAGAAGAAAAAGAAAAAGCCGAUUCAAGAGACAGAGAUACCUCAAGUGGAUGUUCCAAGCCACAGACCUGUGUUUGGCAUUCCUUUGUCUGAUGCAGUGGACAGGACCAUGAUGUACGACGGCAUCCGCCUGCCAGCGGUUUUCCGUGAAUGUAUAGAUUACGUAGAGAAGUACGGCAUGAAGUGCGAAGGCAUCUACAGAGUUUCAGGAAUAAAAUCAAAAGUCGAUGAGCUAAAAGCAGCCUACGAUCGAGAAGAAUCUCCCAACCUGGAAGAAUACGAGCCCAAUACUGUAGCCAGCUUGCUGAAACAAUACCUACGAGAACUGCCUGAAAAUUUGCUUACCAAAGAGCUAAUGCCCCGCUUUGAGGAUGCCUGUGGAAAGAGCACAGAAGCUGAGAAGGUUCAGGAGUGCCAGAGGUUGCUGAAAGAGCUGCCGGAGUGUAACCAUCUCCUCAUCUCGUGGCUGGUUGUGCAUAUGGACCACGUUAUUGCAAAGGAGCUGGAAACGAAGAUGAACAUCCAGAAUAUUUCCAUAGUGCUCAGCCCUACUGUCCAGAUCAGCAACCGUGUCCUGUAUGUAUUUUUUACACAUGUCCAGGAGUUCUUUGGGAAUGUGACCCUAAAACAGGUGACAAAACCUCUUCGUUGGUCAAAUAUGGCAACCAUGCCGGCACUUCCAGAAACACAAGAAAGCAUCAAAGAAGAAAUCAGACGACAGGAGUUCCUACUGAACUGUUUACACCGAGACUUGCAGGCAGGGAUAAAAGACUUAUCCAAAGAAGAGAGACUCUGGGAGGUGCAAAGAAUUUUAACAGCUCUUAAGAGGAAACUGAGAGAAGCUAAGAGACAGGAGUGUGAAACAAAGAUUGCACAAGAAAUCGCUAGCCUUUCAAAGGAGGAUGUCUCCAAAGAAGAAAUGAAUGAGAAUGAAGAAGUUAUAAAUAUUCUACUUGCACAGGAGAAUGAGAUCUUAACAGAACAAGAAGAACUGCUGGCCAUGGAGCAGUUUCUGCGGAGACAAAUUGCCUCGGAGAAGGAAGAAAUCGAUCGCCUUCGCGCAGAAAUAGCUGAAAUACAAAGUCGCCAGCAGCACGGCCGAAGUGAAACAGAGGAAUAUUCUUCUGAGAGCGAGAGUGAGAGCGAAGAUGAGGAGGAACUGCAGGUCAUCCUAGAAGAUUUGCAGAGGCAGAAUGAGGAGUUGGAGAUAAAGAACAAUCACCUGAACCAAGCAAUUCACGAGGAGCGAGAGGCCAUCAUCGAACUGCGCGUGCAGCUUCGACUGCUGCAGCGAGCGAAAUCAGAGCAGCAGGUGCAGGAAGAAGAAGAAGCGGAAAAACGCGGGGGUGUUUCUCAGCAGCCAAGAGACAGUGUCCUGGAGACAAAAGCAGCCAAAGAGCAGCCAAAAGCAAGCAAGGAGCAGCAAGUCAAGCCAUCACCAAGUAAAGACAGAAAAGAAACUCCGAUUUGAUCAAGCUCCUUGGAUGUUCAUAAAAUCAACUGAACUGUGCAAAUUACUGUAAUUUGAGUCAAACUGCACAAAUUAUUGCUGGCUGUGUACAUUAUGUAAAGAAACUUCUUUUAAGCCCUGGAGACUUUUGUCUCCAGCACUUGUGGCUUCUACUCAUCAGACUCAGGUGAGUUUAGAAAGUCCAGAAGAGUUUUCCAGUUAGUAUCAGAUUAUUUCAAGACUGGUUUCCUUCAGGUGAUUUAAAAUAAUUCAGUAACAGUUUUAUUUUAAACCAAAACCAUUAUUUACAUUCAUCAGAGCAGAACUGAAGAUCUCUUUUUCAGUAAAUGAACAAAAACGCACCCACACUUAUUAAUUAUUUGCCUUGUGAAUCUGCUCAUUCUCAUUCACCAUUAUUUCUGCUUAUUAACCUAGUCACUUCUUGCUUGUGCCUUUGAUACCUUUCUGAUGCAGAUUAUAUACACGGGAGCUUUAAAUUUAUUCUGGGUUGGCUGAAAAGUUGGGAGACUGUGGGGUAUCACGUUUACCUAACAUGCCCUUAAAGUUGGUUUUUGUUUUAAGAUGUACUGAAUAAAUGUAAAACUUUACAGAUGUUAUUUAUGUCUCUGUAUGAUGAAACGUUCAUCAAGAGCCGCUCACCUCUUUUAGCAGUGUAGUUAUCCCAUUUGCUCGUUUAUAAACCAGCCCUCAUCAUACCCGUGUAGGAUAGGCCGUGUUCCUGCUGCUGCCCUAUAGCCAACAGCCUUCUUUUAACCCAUUUCGUGUCUCGGUCCCUCUGAGCGAGCCACUGACGGAUGCUUUAGGCAGUAACGGGGAGAUCUGCCCGACCAAGCAAUACCUAUUUCCAGCUGCGCAAACGCAAAUCGCUUGUGCUUGCUGAACGAGCCUGGAGAAUGACACCAGCUGAAGGCACCGAGGGUCCAGCGAGAGCCUCUUCUUGUUGUUUAAACCCCACCACCCUGGGACUUGCUUUUGGUUUGGCUGUUUUACUGCCUCCACCCCUCUAAAGCCUCCAGCCAGCCGGCGCUUAAGGGCCGUUAAAUGUUCCAGAUGCUCAUGAGACUUGUCCGUCACGUUAAAGAUAGACAGCAAGCUCCACAGGGUGCAGAGAGCCUGUCGUAUUUUUUAAUCUGGAUAUUUAUUUUCAGCACCUGUUGGAUGUGGUUAUAUUCUGUAUCUAUUGCACUGUUGUGAAUCAUUGGCCAUGAUUUGAUUUUGUACAAAUAAUGCUUUGAUAUGUUAUAGAAAACGGCAUAGUAUUUUUUUAAAAUUUGGGGAAAAAAGUUUAUAAACAUAGAAAAAUGUGGUCAGAUGACAAAUGUAAACUAAAGCAUUCUCCCUUGCCUUCGUUACAUACAUUUUAUAUUUGCUGGCAAUAUUUAAACUUUUUUUUUGUUUGUUUCACACUAAUUCCUAUUGAAUUGUCAUGGAUUUUUCUAAUGUUCUUCAGAAAAAUCUCUUAAUAUUGGUUAACUUUUAUUUUGUUAGGAUUGUAUUUAUCAAGCAAAUAAAUUCAACAGCCAUUUGAAA